CCAAUAUGCAGCUACGGAAACCUCGCCAGACUUUCAAGUCAGACACGAUCAAUGAUGACAGGACUUUGUACAAGAUCCAGCAUAGCUUGGAAGAAAUAAAGAUUCAGAUGAGAGAGUUAAACAAAGAAGUAGAGCAGGAUAGGAAAGCUAGUAAUAAAGUGGAUAUUAAGCUAAAACCAAAUGAUAUUAACAAGAUGCUAACCACAGGUCGUGAUCCAGAACUUAUGGAGAUGAGGCUGGGUUUUAAUCCAUUGAAAGAGAAUGAAGAAAUGACGAAUAGAAGGAAAUCUAAAUUGUUUUGGAAUAAUGUUACCAAAGGAAAUUUUGCAGUGAAAGAUUAUUUAAAGAUUAAAAACCCAAAUGCUAAAUAGCAAAUCGAAAUUCCAAGACUUUAUUAAAAGAGGAUCUAGGUAUGUUCAAUUUUCAAAAGAAUCAACCAAAACUCUCAGUCAUUUUCCCAACAGGAAAACAAAAGGGAGAAGUCCUAUAAACCUCUUUGAUCGGAAUAAAUCAGUUUCAAAGGUGAAGGAUUUUAUGUCCCCAAAAGUCUCAAGCUCAGGCUUAAACAUCUUCAUUAAACCAAAGGGGUCUUCACAAGGAAGUGACAAUGGGGCCAGAGACUCUAGAAGCAAAAACACAAAUAAAAGAAAAACUCUUGGAAUAGAUUUUGGGCUUGGAAUUAAUAACAAAAUCUCAUCAGCCCCACAAAUAGGCCAAGAUGAUGACAGAAUAGAAGACAAUCUUCGCAGACCUGUGUAUAAUGUUAGAGGAAGACUUAAGGAUGAUCACGUACAGAUACCUAUCCCGAGUAAAAAGAUCAGCGAUUAUCAGAGAAUGAGCAAAAAGGCAAUUCCAAGCAUUAAGAAUUGCCAGAGAAUAUCUUCCUUUUCAUCACAGGACUUCACUCAUUCUCCAUCGAUCAACCACCAAAACAGUAAUGAUUAUUUGGAAGUAGGAACCCCUCGAGUAGAAGAUGAGUCGUAUAGCUCUGAGAACCUUCAUGAAGAUCUUUUCAACAAGAUGGCAGGCAACAGCCAUAAGAUUCGAAAGUAUAUCCGUCGAAAAUCCUGAGAGUGUACAGCUUGUGGAGGACCUGAUAUGAAAAAGAAGUUAGGGCAUCAGAUCGUCUUUGAAAAUGAAUAUAUGCAAAAGGAUAGCAAGAAUGGAGAAGGGUUCAAGGAUCUCCUCCCCCAAAUUGAGGAUAUAUCAAAUUCCCAAAACCUAGAAAGCGUGAGCGUGUCAAACCAAUACAAUAUAAAAGUUGACAAGUAUUCUUCUGAGUCAUCUGAAGAAAGUAAAAGUGACGUAAAAGAUCCAAUGUGUCUUCAAGCCUCGCCUGAAUUAGACAAAGAAGAUGGUAGAAGAUUAUCAGGAAGAGGCAUGAACUUUUUCAAAACAGUAUUUGAGCAACAUCAUCAAAGAAAUAAAAUUCAACGGUUAGCAACUGUAGUGAAGAUUGCUGAAAAGCAUCAAGGAAAGCAAGCAAAGAAAAAUAAUGAUUUUAUUAAGAAACUCAAAGAAGAAAUCAAGAACACCAGAGUUGCUGAGAAAGAAAUGAAAGAACCUUCCAGGGGCUGAUCUGAUUCGCAAAAAUCAUUCUUAUUUGAAGAAUUUAGUAACAAUAAAAUAAGUAUGAUACCACGAGUGAACUCUAUGGGGCUAACUAAUAAAAUAACUCCACAGAGCCUACAGAUGUCCAGAAGAGCAAGCUGGAAUCCUGGUGUUAGGAAUGAUUUCAAUAUCAGAAUCAACACUUUCAAUGAAGCUACCAACAAAUUGCCAAGCCGCUUAGAUACUUUCAGUAGUAAGAUAAAGGAGAUGGAAGACUCCAUUAUAUCUGACGAUAUCAGCAGUUCGGACUCUAAUGAAGGGACUGAAACAUUGAACAUUCUUACACCAACAAGUGACAAUCAAACAGAGAAGAUAACACAAAAAUCUGGUUUGCAUAAAUCAACUGAGAAACUACAAAAAAAUAAGAAAGGGCAUGAAAAAUCUAACAUUUUUGACAUCAAUAUGAGAAAGAGGAAAAAUGAUAAACUUAAAGACCUUUGUGAUUCAAAGCCAAAGUACCUCCCUACGAUGUCCAAGGUGAAGCGAGUUCAUAAGUCGCAUACUUCUUUGAAAAGUAAGAGAUCAAAGUACCUAAACUUCCCCAAAAUGGCAGAGAGUCCUUUCACUAAGAAGAAUAAUAGAGAAAGGAAUUAGUUCUAAAUUCAAGGCUUUGAUUACUUCUUCAGUCAGGAAUAAUCAGAAAACUGCUCCAAUAGGGUCAAAGAGAAGUCAUAUUACAUUGUGCAAAAGAAUGAAGCCAAAUCCUUAUACAAAAUCAGAUAAAAAGAAAAAUGGAGAACUUUCUAGUCGCCUUGGAUCUCCACUCAGGUCACCUACAGAAAUCUCAUCUCCAAUAUUUACAAAGCAAGACCUCCUUCUCAGGAAGCGGAAGAUGAUGGAUUACUCAAAAUUCCAAAGAAGGGAGUUACAAAGUCCCAAAAGAAUAAUCAGAUCAUCAAGAAUAUUCUCCUCUCCGUCUCUUCUACUUAGAAACAGAGUCCAGCAGAAUUCAUUCCUGAAUGGGGAGAAGUAUAAAACAUUGAGCAAAGGAAUACACAAGGCAUAUAAAUAAACUCAACUA